AUGAGCGAGAACCUCGACAUCGUGCGAUCGCGCCUUAACCGGCCGUUGACCUUUGCCGAGAAGAUCGUCUACUCUCACUUGGAUGACCCUCACGGACAGGAUAUCCAGAGGGGUGUUUCUUACCUCAAGCUGCGACCGGAUCGUGUGGCUUGCCAGGAUGCUACCGCCCAGAUGGCCAUUCUCCAGUUCAUGAGCGCUGGUUUGCCUACCGUCGCUACCCCGUCCACCGUCCACUGUGACCACUUGAUUGAGGCACAGAUCGGUGGCGCGAAGGAUUUGAUGAGAGCCGAGAACAUCAACAAGGAGGUGUACGAUUUCUUGUCCUCUGCUUGUGCCAAGUACGGACUUGGUUUCUGGCGCCCUGGUUCUGGUAUCAUCCACCAGAUUAUCCUUGAGAAUUACGCUUUCCCCGGAGGUCUGUUGAUCGGUACCGACUCCCACACUCCCAACGGUGGUGGUCUGGGUAUGUGCGCCAUUGGUGUCGGUGGUGCGGACGCCGUCGAUGUCAUGGCCGGUCUUCCUUGGGAGCUUAAGGCCCCUAAUGUCAUCGGUAUUAAGCUUACCGGAGAGCUGAAGGGAUGGGCCGCCCCCAAAGACGUUAUCUUGAAGGUCGCUGGUAUCCUCACCGUCAAGGGAGGAACUGGUGCCAUCGUCGAGUACCACGGGCCCGGUGUCGACAGCCUGUCUUCCACUGGUAUGGGAACUAUCUGCAACAUGGGUGCUGAGAUCGGUGCCACCACCUCCCUUUUCCCCUUUAACGAGUCGAUGCACAAGUACCUCGCCGCCACCAAGCGUACCGAGAUCGGUGACUUUGCCCGCACAUACGCCAAGGAUCUCCGCGCCGACGAGGGUGCCGAGUACGACCAGCUCAUCGAGAUCAACCUCAGCGAGCUUGAGCCCCACAUCAACGGUCCCUUCACUCCCGACUUGGCUACUCCCCUUUCCAAGUGGAAGGAAACCGUCAAGAAGGAGGGCUGGCCUUCUGAGCUUAAGGUCGGUCUUAUCGGAUCUUGCACCAACUCCUCCUACGAGGACAUGUCCCGCUCCGCCUCCAUUGCCCGUGACGCCCUGAACCAUGGUGUCAAAUCCAAGGCCAUCUACACCGUCACCCCCGGUUCCGAGCAGAUCCGUGCUACCAUCGAGCGUGAUGGUCAGCUCGCCACUUUCGAGGAGUUCGGUGGUGUCGUUCUUGCCAACGCUUGCGGACCUUGCAUCGGACAGUGGGACCGCACGGAUGUUAAGAAGGGUGAGGCCAACUCCAUCAUCUCGUCCUACAACCGUAACUUCACUGGACGUAACGAUGCCAACCCGGCCACCCACGCUUUCGUCGCCUCCCCCGACUUGGUCACCGCCUUCUCCGUUGCCGGUACCCUCGACUUCAACCCCUUGACCGACACCCUCAAGGACAAAGACGGCAAGGACUUCCUCCUUGCUGCCCCCAACGGUGCCGGUCUGCCCGAGCGUGGAUACGACGCCGGACGUGACACCUACCAGGCUCCCCCCGCGGACAGCUCCUCUGUCCAGGUCAGCGUCUCCCCGACCUCUGACCGUCUCCAGGUCCUGUCUCCUUUCGAGGCCUGGAACGGAAAGGAUGCCACCGAUAUCCCGAUUCUGAUCAAGUGCCGUGGCAAGACCACCACUGAUCACAUCUCCAUGGCCGGUCCCUGGUUGAAGUACCGUGGACACUUGGACAACAUCUCCAACAACAUGUUGAUCGGUGCCCUCAACGACGAGAACGGAAAGGCCAACUGCGUCCGCAACGCCCUGACCGGUGAAUACGGCGCCGUUCCCGACACUGCCCGUGACUACAAGUCCAAGGGCGUCAAGUGGGUCGUCAUCGGUGACUGGAACUACGGAGAGGGAUCUUCCCGUGAGCACGCUGCCCUCGAGCCCCGCCACCUUGGUGCCCUCGCGAUCAUCGUCCGCUCGUUCGCCCGUAUCCACGAGACCAACCUGAAGAAGCAGGGUCUCCUUCCUCUCACCUUCUCCAACCCUGAGGACUAUGACAAGAUCAACUUUGACGACAAGGUCGACCUCCUGUGCACUGAGCUCGCCGUCGGAAAGCCCAUGACCCUCCGCAUCCACCCCAAGAACGGUGCCGCCUGGGACGCCAAGCUUUCGCACACCUUCAACGAGGGCCAGAUCGAGUGGUUCAAGAACGGUUCCGCCCUGAACACCAUGGCGAAGAAGGCUGCUGAGGCCAAGGCCAACGCUUAA